AUUCGACUUACUUGCAAGAUCUUCUGUCUUCAAUCCAUUUUAUUUUUAUACGAGGGGUGGUUAAAAAUUAUUUGCCCUGUUGAAUUGGUUAAUGUUUCAAAUAUUUAGCAAGGCAAGGUCACCGUUAGUCGUAUUAGUCGUGGUUUUCCAAGGGGCGUGACCAUUGGUUAGCGAGUGGAACCACGGGAGUGGUGGCAUUGUCCGGUGGAGGUGGUAGCUACGUGUUCAACGUUCAACCAGGUUUACGCCUUUACGGUUCCAGUCGGCAAGAGAAUGUGUUUAGGGUUGUUGUUCUCUCGUCCCCGGUUUAUCUCGAUACGUAUUUACUCUUUGACUCACGCAUUUUAGUUCCGACAGUUUCACCCGAGGACUAUCAGAACCGUCUGAGCCGAAUUGGCCUGAUAGACCUCACGAGGUACGCACCGAUGAAUAUUGACAGAAAGGAAUAAUCUGUAAACCAUGUCUGCCGCACUGGUGGCUAUCGUCGCCGUUUUUUUAUGGUUCGUCUUCAAAGUGCUGAAUAUCAACAGCCAAUCUCAGAAACCGAGGGUAUACUGCAACGACACGGACUUCUUGGCCGUCCUGGUCAAGAUGGUACCCAAUCUGGACGAGUCGUACUUUCCGACGAGGCUGUGGGGAUACAACGGUCACAUCCAGACCAUUGUGCACAGCAUUAUCGGUAGGGUUAAGUGUCCGUGGCCGAUCGGAGAGCGGUGCGUGCUGGUGCUGUCCGACGGAAGUACUCUCACCUUCGAUCUGUAUCAGCCGAUAGUCAAAGCCAAAUGUGAUUUGACUAUUGUGGUCGUACCAGGGAUAUGCAACACAUCAGAAAGUGUUUAUAUAAGGACUUUUGUGCAUUACGCUCAAUGCCAUGGAUUCAGGUGCGCUGUCCUGAACCACCUAGGAGCACUCAGCUCCGUUCCUUUGACUGCUCCUAGAAUAUUUUCAUACGGUCACACAGGCGACCUGUACGAGAUGGUCGAACAUAUUUCUAAAAGGUUUCCAUCUUCCAAAAUCGUAUGCUUGGGAUACAGCAUGGGAGGAAACCUUGUGACGAAGUAUUUGGGUGAAACGAUUCACCCUAAGCCAAAGAACAUAGUGGGAGCUGUUUCUAUAUGCCAGGGUUAUGAUAUUGUAAGAGGUACUUUUUGGCUUCUCCAAUGGCAAAAUUUCCGACGAUUCUACCUCUAUGCCAUCACCGAAGCGAUGAAAAAUAUUAUUCUGAGGCAUCGGUCAACCCUUCUGUCUGAGAAUGCUAAACAGGAGUACGGCCUAGCGGAAAAGGAAAUAAUAGCAGCUGCCACUUUGCCAGAGUUGGACGAUGCAUAUACAAGGAAGGUGCACGGUUUCACGAACCUGUCAGAAUUGUACGAAUGGAGCAGCAGUAUUAAUUACCUUAAGAAUAUCAACGUUCCUAUUGUUUUUGUUAAUUCUUUAGACGACCCUUUGAUCCCUGAUGUACUUCUAGACCCUCUCAAGGAACAUGCAAGUACAAAUGAAAAAACUGCGUACGUCGAAUUGCUUCACGGAGGUCAUUUGGGCUUCUACGAAGGCGGUUUCCUUUAUCCGAACACAGUUACUUGGCUCGAUAGGACCCUUAUCGACAUGGUGGCAAUGUUUGAUUCUCUCCCCAUGUUAAAACUGCCUCAUAAAAGCUCACACGCGUCUGAAAUCAAUUUUUAAAGGCUGAGCAGCACAACUAUAAACAAAAAGAAAAAAAACCUAAGUAAUUUUCCUUCAGUGAUUUUAGUUCUUUUAAGAAUAUAUACAAUAAGUUUGUGUUGUAUUUUCAUUUUUAACAAUGCUUAUUAAAAAAAAAAAUGUCUUUUCUUUUUCUUUUCUAUUUAAAUUCAGUUGUAUUUGUUCCAUAGAGGCUUAUAAGGAUACUUAAAAUGUACAUCCAAUUUCAAAAUCUGGGGAAAGGGUUUCAAAUUAAAGUAUUCUUAAGUGCACUUAAAGAUAUAUUUUCUUAAAAGAUUUAUUAUAUUCACUCUUCUGAUCAAACAAGAAAGGUAUCAAUAACUAAAAGUAAUUUUUAUGGGUGUUAGCCAUAGUCAAUUUACAACGUUGUUUAAUGGUUAUUAAUAAAAAAGUAUUAAAAACGUUAUUUCUAAGCUCAAAUAUGAAUAUAUGAUGUUAACUUCUUUAUAUAGCUUUUUUCUGUUAAAUUGGUACUUUUUUCUACCAAUUUAAUACUUUUUCCAACUAAAUUAGUGCUUUUCCCAAGCGAUUUAAUACUUUUUCCAACCAACUUAGUACCCUUCGCAAGCAAAUUAAUACUUUUCCCGAGCAAUUUAAUACUUUUCAAAUGUGGUAGGGUAAAGGGGGAUAUCAAACAAUCAUACUGUCAAGAAACGAAAUUUAUUAUUGAAAAUAAGAAAAUUAACAAAAAUUUAUUUUAUAGUCAAUGCAGGGGACAUCCAGCAACCGCUGAUGGUAAUUUCAGUAUCACGACCAUGAACUGCUGGUACAGUGACAACAGCUCUCGUGUUAACCCUUGAACGUGUACGUGUCCGCCGCAAAUGUAGAUUAAAUCCUGAUUUAUCUAUAAAAAUUAAUUUUGCACGAUUUUGGGGGACCCAUAUUACAAAAUCCAUUGCAAACUGCCUUCGUUGUUGUACCGUUGACUCAGAAUUCAUGCGAUCUAUUUCAAUGGACGCUCGCUUCAAAGUUAUUUUUAUUGACGUUAGCCCUCGAUGUGUUGAAGAAAUAGACAAAUUUAUGUUGUGUAAUGAAAGCUGUUCUUUAAUAUCUUGUAAUGAUAGGCCCGCGUUUCGAAUGCCUUUUAAAUAAGUAUUAAUUUGCUUGGGAAAAGUAUUAACUUUUCCUUAAAGUAGAAAGGUACUAAUUUGGUUGGGAAAAAUAUUAAAUUGCUUGAGAAAAGUAUUAAAUCACUUGGGAAAAGUACAAAUUGGUUGGAAAAGGUUUUAAAUUGGUAGAAAAAGUACCAAUUUGACUGAAAAAAAGCUAUAUUUAUGUAAGUAUGUGUGUUAUAUUGUACCAAUAAAUUGUACUCUUGUUACAGUAUUUUUAUAAUUAAAACUCGUUUUUUCUCGUUA